UGCAAACCUCAAGAGAACACAGGCCAGCUUCCAUAUCACUGUUCCCCUAAGGUCUGCUCUCAGGCCAUGGCUGUUCACAGACAAACAUCAAAGAUGGUGCUGUAUCUUGUUUGGACUCUUUUGGGCUUCGGUCUUUGUGCCCCUCCAACUGAUCUGGACCCUGAAGCAUUUGGAUACGAUGAUUUAAACACGUUGGAUCUGAAUUAUGAAUAUGAGGAGGAGGAGGUUGAGACACUGGCUCCUCCUCCAGCAGUCACUCCGCCACCUGCUGUAGUUCCUCCUGAGGACUAUGUGGAGGAAGUGACACUGCCGCCCCGUCCAACAAAGUCUCCUGUUCCAUCAACUUUAGACUUUCAUGGUCCGGGCCUGUUUGGGCCUGACACAGGCUUAGGGAUGCCCUCCUGUCUGCUGUGUGCGUGUAUCAGCAGCAGUGUUUACUGUGAUGACUCAGAACUGACUCAGAUUCCCCCUCUUCCCAAAGAAACCACACACUUCUAUGCUCGCUUCAACAAGAUCACCGAGGUCAAGGCCACAGACUUCAUCAAUCUCAAUCAACUGAAGCGGAUCGACCUGAGUGGAAACCAGAUUGGUAAAGUGAACGAGGCCGCAUUUCGUUCCCUGCUUAAACUUCAGGAUCUCAUGUUGGCCGACAACAACAUCCAGGUACUCCCAGAACUCCCAGCUUCCCUGAAGCACAUUGAUGUUCGCAAUAACCAGCUAAGGAGUUCAACCAUGCACGCAGACGCCUUUAAGGAGAUGGAAGAGCUUCAGUUCCUGUACCUAUCAAACAACAAGUUGGACUUCAUUCCUGUACCCCUACCUGAAAGCCUACGAUCGCUCCAUCUGCAGAAUAACAAUAUACAGAGCAUAAGCCAAGAUACUUUCUGCAACAUUCAUGACAAAAGCUACGUACGGAAAGCCCUGGAGGACAUCAGGCUUGAUGGCAACCCGGUGGACAUCAAUUUAUACCCCCAGGCUUAUUUCUGCUUAACACGACUACCCAUAGGAACUCCAGUCUAGGAAAAUGUCCCUCUUUAUUCCACAAUUUGUGUGUAUGUGUGUAUUUUCUGAACUUCUAAACUCCUGUGUGACCACAGCAAAAUAAUAUGAAGGAAAAAGAUGUCUCAAUCAAUAUCUAGGAGAACGUUUUUAUUUCAGAGCUUUGUUCUCUUUUAGCCAGUCACGCUAGGUAUGAACUCAGUGACUUUGCACAAUAUACUGUAUGUAAAAAUGGCUCUGUUGCUAAAUCUAGUGAGCUAUCUCUACAUAUGCACUACAAAUACACUAAGGAAUGAUCUAACUGAAAUUCCACCAUAAGUGACCAAUUUGUAAGAGUCUACAUAUGAGCAAGAGUUGCACUAGUAAAUGCAUUUUUAUCUCACUCACGCUUGCUUUUGUUAACACUAUUGGUUAGGUUACAAGCACAUUUUUGGGAUGAUUUUUACUAAUGCUCCAUUAUUGAAUGCAUUCUAAGCAGCAUCUAUACAGUAAAUGUCAAUUAUUUCGAUUCAUCCACCAUUUUUGGUGCACUUUUCAAUAACUUGCAUUGCAAAAUAUUAAGGGAUAGCCUUCUGCAUGGAGGAUAUGGAGGUGUUGCUACUGUACCUCACAAUCUGUCCAGAAAAAGGCAGCAUACGCCUUAUUCACGGCAGCGCCAUCUUUGAUUUUUAAUGAGAAUGAAAGCGAGGCUGUGAGGG